AUUAUAGGAAAGAAGAAAAUUAUUUCCCUCAGUAGAAUAUUAAAAAAUAAAGAGAAACAAGUUAAAGAGCGGGAAAUGAGAACAAAGAACAAUGAAGAGGAUGGGGGAAGGGCUUUCAAAUGUAAGUUCGCAUUCAUUGGCUCUCCUUCUGACCCGUCAAACUCUGAGCUGACCAAUAGAAACAUUUGAGAGGUUGGGCCAACAAUUCAACAUCCAAUCAGAGUACGGGCCCUGUUUGUUAAACAUUUACAUAGAGCUGGGGAUAAGUAACCCUGCACGCUACCUGAAGAUUAUUCAGUUUCAUUUGAGAUUUGAAGCAUCAUCAUGCCUGAGCCAGCAAAGCCCGCGCCCAAGAAGGGCUCAAAGAAAGCCGUCACCAAGAGCGCCGCCAAGAGUGGAAAGAAGCGCAGGAGGUCCAGGAAGGAGAGCUACGCCAUCUACGUGUACAAAGUCCUGAAGCAGGUUCAUCCCGACACCGGCAUUUCUUCAAAGGCGAUGGGCAUCAUGAACUCUUUCGUCAACGACAUCUUUGAGCGCAUCGCCGGUGAGUCUUCUCGUCUCGCUCACUACAACAAGCGCUCCACCAUCACCUCGAGAGAGAUCCAGACCGCCGUGCGUCUCCUGCUGCCCGGUGAACUCGCCAAACACGCCGUGUCUGAGGGAACAAAGGCCGUCACCAAAUACACGAGCUCCAAGUAAAGCCGAAAGUACCCAAUCUGAACCCAAAGGCUCUUUUAAGAGCCACCCACAGUUUCUAGAAAAGAGGUUCUGUUCUUAAAGUUCACUUGUGGUGUGUGUGAUG